AUGAAGAAAUUACUGGAAGAAGGACCGUAUAAAAUCAUUAAAAGAAAUCCACUGAACCGAAUAAUCAAACUAGUUAAUGAUGAAACAAAGAAAGCAAUACUAGAUGGAAAAGAACGAAAACAACUACUAGUGACAGUUCUAAGAUUACAAAGAAUAUACGGAGUCCCAAAAAUACACAAGAAUGAUGUGCCGCUCAGACCUAUAGUCAGUGCCAUAAACUCGCCUACAUAUAACUUAGAAGGUCACUUAGCAAGAAUUCUGAAAACUAACACAGGAAAAACGUCUUCUUAUGUGAAAAACUCGACGGACUUUGUGGAAAAACUACAACAAGCAAAUUGGGAAGAACGAGACAUUCUCGUCAGCUUCGAUGUUGUUUCGUUAUUUACGAUGGUGCCAGUGAGGGACACACUGAAUAUUAUAAAAGAGAAAAAAUGGAUAGAUGAAAAACUACAAAGCUUAUUGGAAAUAUGCACCAAAACAACAGUUUUCACAUACCAAGAUACUAUCUAUGAACAAACUGAUGGAAUGGCAAUGGGAUCAAGACUAGCACCAGUAUUUGCCAACAUAUUUAUGGAAUGGUUUGAAGCGGAAGCAAUGAGCACGUAUACUCAAAAACCAAAAAUGUGGUUGCGAUAUGUAGAUGACACAUUCGUUUUAUGGCAACACGGCGAGGACAAACUACAAUCUUUCCUGCAACACUUAAACAGCAUACACGCCAAUAUACAGUUCACAAUGGAAACUGAGGAAAACGGAAAAUUGCCAUUCCUAGAUGUAAUGGUAAAAAAAAAGCCUAAUGGGAAAUUCAGCACAGGAGUGUAUAGAAAAAGUACACAUACAGAUAGAUAUUUACAUGCCGAUUCACACCAUUGCCCCUCACAGAAAAUGGGAUUAUUACACACAAUGGCAACAAGAGCUGUCAGAAUAGCUGAUGAAAACCAUGUGAAUGAGGAAAAAACAUACUUACGACAAGCACUAAAGAAUAAUGGGUACACAAUUAAAAAUAUUAAUAAGGCAAUUAAAAAAGCAGAGAAAAGAAAAAAUGCAACGCGUAUCAUGGAUGACGAAAAUAAUGAAGAUGAAAAGAAAGGAACAUUAAUACUGCCGUACAUACAGGGAAUUACCGACCGCAUAUCAAGAAUCACACAAAAAUUCAAAUUAAGAACCGUUUUCAAACCAAACACAGUAGCAGGAUCACUACUCCGAAACCCGAAAGAUAAACUGCCAGAGAUGAAAACACCAGGAGUAUAUAAAAUACCAUGUUCAUGUGGUAAAUCUUAUAUUGGACAAACAGGAAGAGCUAUUGCGACAAGAAUAAAAGAACAUGAAAAAGAUGUGGAGUACCAAAGAACAGAAAAAUCUGCAGUAGCUGAACAUGCCAAAAACAAAGGACAUGACAUACAAUUCGAUAAAGUAAAAAUACUUAACAAAGAACCUCAUUUUGGCAAACGGAUGUACAAAGAAGCAAUAGAAAUCGAAAAAUGUCCGGAAAAUUUUAACAGAGAAGAUGGAUGGAAAAUCUGCAACACUUGGGUUACCUAUCAUACACCAGACAAAAAGGAAAUUAACCAACAACAGCGAAAAUAA